AAUUAAUAUCUAAGGUUCACAAAAAGAUCAUUUGCAAAUUCCUCGAAUUUAAGUUUUUGAAAUUUUAAAAAACGAGUUAUCUUCAGAUCUAGAUGACCAGCUUGAUAUUUUGCAAUCACAGUUGUGUCUAAGAAGAAAAAUUUGUUUCCAAUUUUCAACAGAUGAUAAAAAGAAACUAAAAAAUGUAUUGACAAAAUUAAAAAUAAAAUGGAAAAGUAGUAACCGAACAAUAAAAAUAUUUUUGAAGACACAUGACACUUGGUUAAAAGCCUCAACAAAUAUUUGUAUUGUUCAAGCACGAAACAAAGAGAAAAAAAGCCAUAGUGCAAUGGGUCGACCACCUUUGAAUUUUGAUGAAGCAAGUGAGCGAACGAAACGGCGAAAAACAGAGGAAAUGCUUCGACAUUUAGUUCAUCCGAGUUAGCAUUUGCUUCUCAGAUGAGUCUUCGGGCUUCAGGAGCAUGCAAUGCCGGAGUUACAGUUGAAGAUUUACCUUCCACCAUUCAACACCGAGUCGCAAAUUAUAUAAAGAGCCUUAAAUUGUCCCAAAUUUCACAAACAUCUGAACUAUAUACUGAAACAGCUCUUUCCAUACUAAUGGAAGCAAAGCUUUCUAAACACCAAUAUUGCAUUAUAAGAAGUGCUGCAAUUGCGAAUAGCUCUUCUUUUUUACCAUCUUACGAAAAACUUAAAGAAGCCAAGAAAAUGUGUUACCCUGAAGAUAUAACGGUAACUGAAAUAAGCGCCGAAGUAAAACUGCAAUCUUUAUUAAAUCACACUUUUUUACGAAUUAUAAAAACUCAACAAGAUGUAAUUGACUCCUUGAAUGUAAAUAUUUUAUCAAAUUUUAUUUUAAUUCUUAAGUGGGGGUUUGAUGGCAGUUCCGGUCAUAGCGAAUAUAAACAGAGAUUUGCCGAUGGAAGAUACUCAGAUGCAAAUGUUUUUCUGACUUCACUUGUACCAUUACAACUUUUGUGUACAAAUUCAGUUUUAGAUCAAGAUGUUAUUCUAUGUAAAAAUAGGACACCCACAUCUACUCGAUUUUGCCGACCUAUCAGACUGCAAUUUCUUUUCGAAAAUGUCCAUACAACCAUUAAUGAAAAGACUAUAUUGAAAAUAAAAUUAAAUCACUGGUUCCUCUUAUCAUUGUUCAACAUAAAAUAGAAAUUAAAAUACAUUAUAAAUUGGUUAUGACAAUGAUUGAUGGAAAAGUUUGCAAUGCAAUAACAUUGACGAAGUCAACAAUGCGGUGUUAUUUGUGUUCUGCUACUUCGAGUCAAUUCAAUAAUAUCAAUUUCGUUGAAGAAAUAAAAGUUGACGAAUCAAAAUUGGAAUACGGUUUAUCAACGUUGCACGCAUGGAUUCGCUUUUUUGAAUGUUUUUUGCAUCUUGGAUAUAAACUUGGAAUAAAAAACUGGCAAGCACGUUCUGACAUUGAAAAAAGUAUAAUAUUACGACAAAAAAGCUCAAAGAUUUUUUAAUACCUCACAAGUGUCUGCUGAUAUUCUAGGAGUGGAUAUAGAACUAAUAAAUCGGUUUCAUGUAAUUUUACAGGUAUUAUCUAGUGGCUUUCCUAUAGACGCAGACAAACUUGAUAACUAUUCUACCGAAACUGCACUACUUUUUGUUGAAAAGUAUCCUUGGUACAACAUGCCUACAACAGUACACAAAGUAUUUAUUCAUGGAGCCUUAAUAACAAAAACAGCAAUACUACCCAUAGAAAAACUAUCUGAGGAUGCACAGGAAUCGAGAAACAAAGACUUAAAAAAAUAUCGCGAAGAUUUCUCUAGGAAAAAUUCCAGAAAAAAAUACAAUGCAUGACGUUUUUUGCAGACUUCUGGAUUCGUCAGAUCCUGCAAUACCUUCACUUUUAAAAUCUCAUGCAAAAGUUAGCAGAUCUUUGUCUUCUCAAGCUUUACAAAUGUUAUUACCUCCGGAGAUUAACGAAAACUCUGAAACUCAUUCGUCUGUG